AUCAUCUCCCUGGAUCUUCUCUUUUUCUCUUCUUCCCUCUCCAAGCGUUCUCUCUCUUCUUUCUUCACUCACUUUCUUUUUCCAUCUCUCUCAUUGCUCCCAAAAAAGGAGAUCACCAACAAACUCAGAAGCUCCAAAUAACCAAACAAAUCAAGGCUUGGUGUAGAAGGUACAUUUGACUCCAAAUAGCCAAAUCAAGGCUUUUGGUGUAGAAGGUGGCUCAAGAACCCCAAACAAAUCAGGGUGGUUUAGAAGGUGCAUUUGGCUCCAAAUAGCCAAAUCAGGGCUUUUGGUGUAGAAGGUUCUGGAGGGUGGAAGCAAAUAGGGUUCCAAAUUUGUCUUUGAACUGUGCAAGAAGCUUUGGAAAGUUUGUAGUUUGCAGCUGGAAAGAGGUAAUUUGAUUUUUCGGCAAAGGAAAAUAAAUUGAACAGCUUUGCUUGCUAAUGUCUCACUAUUAUGACAUUGAUGACAUCAUUGUGGAUGAAGAGCUCGUUUCAGUUGUAUUUCAAGUGACAGCAAAUGGGGUUGGACUUCUAGAUCCUGGAUCAGAGACUAAUAGUGUUGAACAAGGUGCGAAGAUUGAUGUGACCUUCUGGCUUGCUCAGGAACUGUAUUUGCGAGAAGCAGCCUCUAUUAAUUUGCCUAUGCAUUUCAAUCAAAAGACAAGGAAGGAAGUCCAGGCUGAUCCUGAGUGCGUGGAUCUGAGGAGUCGGUGUCCUUACUUUUACGAGUUAGGAUACAAGAUUGCGCCCAUGGUUGCUGAUAAGGAGCUUGGGACCUUCAUCUCAUUAACAUUUAAUGGGAGGUAUAAGGAAAUCUUGAGCAAAUCUCAUGGGGCUGCAUUUGCCGCUGUUCCCAAGUUUCUGCCUCGUCUCACCAAAGAAGAAACCAAUUUAUACGAAGCAGCUCGGAAUUCAAUGAUAGCAUUCAAGGAGUGGAGAUUAGGGGUAUCAAGAUUGGAGGGGGCGUCAGUGCUUGGAAGGAAAAGGAAACCAAUAAUCGAGCGAGAGGAAGAAGGUCCAAUGCUCAAGAAACUCUACAAUGGAGAAAAUGUACCCAUCAGUAUUUUUACAGGAGAGCUUUUGCAGGAUCCUUAUGCAAUCUCUUGAGAGUUUGGUAUCAAA